AUGUUAACUAUAUUCAUAUUAGCAUAUGGUGUACCUACAUAUAGUUUACUCUAUGGUGUUCAAAAAUUUUCUUGGCAUAUUCCACGUGCUAUUUUAAAUUUAGCUUAUUGGCAAAUGUUUGGUGAAUUAGAAGUUCUAGACGAUAUUGAAAAAAACUAUGAAAUAACUGGUUAUGUUGUAUUUAUAUUAUUAAUUGCUUAUAUGACAGUAGCAAGUGUUCUUUUAAUUAAUCUUCUUAUCGCUAUGUUCAGUAAUACAUUUGAUCGUUUACAAUUAGAUACAGAUUGUAUAUGGAAAUUUCAACAUUAUUCAUAUGUAUGUUAUCAUUUAACUCUUCCAUCACUUCCUCCACCAUUAAUUAUAUUUUCACAUAUUUAUCGUGUAAUGAUCUAUAUUUUUUCACAUAAAUUUAAAAUCGAAUGGUUUUAUCAAAAAUAUAUUCAACAUACGAAUCGAUCGAAAUUUAAAAUAAUUGCUGAUGAAAGGUUAACGAAAACAAUUGAAUCUAUUGAAGAUGCUUUAGGAAAUGAAGUUUAUUUUCUUUCAUUAAAAACUGAUCGAAAACAAAUUAAUCAAUCAACUGAUUUAAAUGAAGAACGAGUACAUUCUUCACAAGAAAUUCUUAUAAAUAAAAUUAAAACACUUGAAAAUCAAGUUCAAAUAAUACAAAAUCAACAAAGUAAUAUGUUUGAAUAUUUGGAAUAUUUAAUGAAUGGAAUCAAAAAAAUUGGUGGUGAUGAUAUUGAAAUGCCCAAACUAUUACAUCAAAAUUCUGAAUUACUUUGUAUGUUAUGUAUAUUUAUUCUCGUAUUAGACAAAAAAAGAAAAAUCAUAGAUCACUGGUUCCAUUUUAAUUCAAAAAUCAUUAGAGUAUCACCCUAGUCGAACAUCUUAUAAGCAAGAUCUUGUUAAGAUCAUGGAAAUUAUAUCAUUCACUAUUAUCUUUUCACAAGAUCUUGAAAAAAAAAUAAAAAUCGACAUCAUUAUUGUAUUGGUUACAUACUGGCUAGUCAUUCACCGAGUUUUUUUUUAUGCAUACAGAGCCGUAUAUAAACAACAUGAUUGAACAUACGAAACAUACACUUUUCGAAAUAAUUUUCUUUUCUAAACUCUUUCUCGACUAUUAAUCAUUCGAGAAAUUGCUGACCUCGAUCACUGAUCGAGAGAGGACUACCUGAAGCCGUAUGACGGAGAUCGAACGAUCUCUAGAACAGGCAAGUUCUGAGGUUGGGCUUGCUUCAGUUAUUCGGAAUAGGAAUAAUUAAAAUGAAGAUAAAUUGAAAAAAUUUCAUAACAUGCUUUUACAGAAAAAGAAUAAUAAAUACACUGUGUGAUAGGUUUGAGCCACGCUUUCAGAUUGUGUUGCAAAUUCGAUACAUGCAACACUUUUUAUCUUAGUAUGUACCCAGAUCUUACGGAUCUAUACCUAAGAUCUUGCUUACAAGAUGUUCCACUAUCGUACGAUGAAUUUCUAUAGAAGAAUAGGAAUAAUUCAAACUUCAUCUUACAAGUGACAUCGAUUCGAAUUGAAAGCAUAUUGAAAUCAAGAAUUCUAGCCACUUGUGUCUUGUUGAAGUCUAUUUCAGUUAAAAGCUCCAAUUUGUACUGCUCGCGAGAAGAAUGUUCAUUAAAUGAACUCAUCGAAUCGAUCUAUUUCGGACAGUAGUUUCCAUUUUGAAGGUGUUCGUAUUAUUCGUAGAGACUACAUAUCAAUUACUAUUUAUGAUUCCCUAAUAAAGAUAAAUAUUCGACUGACGUUCCAUAGAAAUAGAAAAAUAAAUUGAUAUAAUUUUGUUUCUCACUAGUUUUUCUAUAAUAUUUUAGAGAUUCAUAUUAAAUGAUAAUAGAAUUAAGAAUUAUUCAAGCAAACAAAACAAACUUUUUCUUUUUUUAUCAUAAAAUAAUAAAAAAUAAAUAUGUUUAAAAUAAAAUUUCAUUACUGAAUAUUUAAUAUUUAAAUUUUGUUUCAUACUUAAAAAUAAGAUGUUUUAAUGAAAUUCCAGUUGAAUGUGUCGAGUUCUGAUAAUGAUUAAAUACAGUUAGAUGAAUAAAUUUGUACAAUUUGGUUUUUUCACUAUGAAUUAUAUCACAAAUCGGUUUAAAGAUUAGUUUAUCUCCAUCAUAUACUAGAAUUUCUUCUCUAAUUUGUACAUUCGAAAGGGAAAUAUCUUUUCCAUUACAUGUUUGAACUGUACUUUGACCACUAAAGCAUUUUUUUGUUGAUAUUCAACUUCACGUGACUGUUCUUCACGCUGUUUGUAGCCCGUUUGGCCAUUAAUUAAGUGAAUUUUAACCAACAAAUAUGGGUGUGAGUGUAGUUGCAGAUGAUAUGAACAUCCACACCCACUUCGAAAAAUAUUAUAGGACAAAUGGUAGUCUUGUCGGUUUUUCUUGUAUUUAACAGAGAAAUCAUAUAAUUACUCUCAAGAAAGAAAAAUUGAGUAUUACUUGUGUAUUAUUAUUCAUAAACUGAUUAGUAUAUCAAUCGACCUUGUCUCGCGUUGUUGAGAACAUUGUUUGUGUAUGAAAUCAAAUAAGUAAAAGAAUACGUCUAAAUUCAGCUGGUGUGUUGAUAUGAAACCUCAGUUCUUUGGUAGAUAAUACUUGAUUUACACGUAUAAUAAACGUGGAUCAAUUGAAAAUGUACGACUGAUAGGAUUACGCUGACUGAUAGAGGUAACAUAGCGUUGCCAUAGCAAAAAAAAAAUGCUUGUCCAACCAUAUGAAAAGUUGAGAUGUGCUGUUUCUAUUACAAAAUUGAUCCAAUCAAUCGAUAAA